UCGGUCUACAGGUAUUCCUUUGUUUUAGUAAUUAUCGGUGUAUUUGCAUCUUUUAUAGGGUAAAUGGUAUGUGAACAUGAACCAAAACGCAAAAAAGGAACAUCUAUAAAAUGUCAGAAGGAACAACAUUCAACUUUAAGUACAAAAGAUAUACCCUUAAACUACUUAUCACCUGCGUUAUAGGCGAACUUGCUACUCUUUUAAUACUUGUUGUAUACUGGCGAGGGCAAAGAGAAAGAAGUUUGGCUCUAAGUCAACAGCAAAUGUGUUACCCACAACAUAAGCUUGAAACGGGUGAUGGCAGAAAUGUAUCUUGUCCUAUUGGACUGGCACUUAAAAAUGACAAAACAAACAAGACAUCAAACUGUUGUGGUGAAAUGAGCGUCAUUUUCAACUCAGCUUUGAAAAAGAUUACUUCAGAAAGAUACGAUAGUGACAUAAACCCAGAAAUGAUUUUCUUCGACCUGAAACAAUUUAGUUGUGUGGCGAUACAAAAGCAAAUACCAACACUAAGCUUGACUUGGGCAGCGGAAAAGAACUCAGUUCCUGUACACAACCACUUCAAGGUUUCUUGGAAGCGUCAUCCAUCGUCAGUUCAAAUCUCUGCACUAAGUUUUUUGGAAAUUGAAGACACAGUGUUGGUCGAGGAAACAGGUUUUUACUACAUAUUGUCCCAGCUGACAUUAAAAGUUGACAAGACUUUUGCUGAUGGCGUUGGCCAUUCUGUACAUGCAUUAUCGGAUAACAGUUCGACAUCUGUUCUGCUUGAAGACACGAUGCUACCAUGUCAAAUGGCAUCAGAUUCUUUGUCUGCGAAGACAAGUGUUAUCGGGGCGGUGUUUAAGCUCAAUCAAGGAGAUCGGAUGUAUGUAGCUACGUCACAUCCUAAUAUUAUAAAGCAAGGUUUAAAAAGCAAUUAUUUCAGCAUGUACAAAGUGUAAAUAUUUUCACAAAAUUGUGUAGACUUAUAAUCUUAACGUUUUAUACUUAAAUAGGAAACUCAAACUUAUCUAUCGAUGUGAUUGGUAUACACUCUUUUAAAUUACCUUUGUUUUUGUUUAUCUUAGAUGUGUUUUUAACAUUUUAACAUAACUGUAAAAAAGACACCUGCAAUUUUUACAUAUAAAACAUAUUUUUAAA